AUGAACAGUGAUAGCGAGCUAUUCAUAAAAGAAGAAGAAGACAGGUUAGUUAGAGAGCAGGAAAUGGACAUGACAAGGUGGUUUUUGUCGGGGUUAGAGGAAAGCAAGCCGUACUUGUUCCUGAGCUUCAACAAACUCUGCCUGGCAGUAUUCAUGAUUUUGGUUGAAUCAGUUACCUCAACUGGCGUUAGUGCUCUUGUCAUUGUUGUCUACGAGCAUGUCAUCGCCACCAUUGUCUUGUCCCUUCUCGCUUUCUUCCUCGACAAGAUUACGCUUUGUCAGAUGCUAUUGACAAUUUCCCUGCAAUUUAUAGCAUCGACCUAUCAAAGCAUUGGGCUAAACAUGAUCCCCUCCAUAGUAUUUAUAAUGGCCCUCAUCUUCCGCCAAGAAAAUCUCAGAUUUUGGAACAUCAUCGGACAGGCGAAGAUAUGGGGUCUACUCCUCUCGGCUGCCGGAGCAUUGGCUGUAGUGUUGUGGAAGGGGCCAGUAGUUCUAACCUCUACGUUGGUUAACAUCAAAGGAACAAGUGAUAGUGUCCUUGGCAGCAUCAUGAUCAUUGUUGGGCUGCUUGCGUCAAGCUUUUGGAAUAUUUUAGUGGGUCGUGUACUUCAGUUCUACCUAGCAGAACUAUCCUUAACCGCAAUGAUGAGCUUAUUUGGCACAAUCCAAACUGCCAUAGUCUCUGCAUUUGUGAUAUCAUCGUCGUCUUGGAAACUAAAGUGGGAAGGAGGGCUUGUCUUGGUCACCAUAUUACUUGGGGUGUAUCAAGGGAUUUGGAUAUCUCCUUAA